AUGAAGACCUUAGCCACAAGUUUCAUUCUUGGGAGCCUGGUGAUGGCCUUCUACCUGCCUUUGGUGGUGACUUCACCUAAAACACUGGCCAUCCCUGAGAAGCUACAAGAGGCUGUGGGGAAAGUUAUUGUCAAUGCCACAAGCUGUACUGUCACCUGUGGCCUUGGCUAUAAAGAAGAGACCGUCUGCGAGGUGGGCCCUGAUGGAGUGAGAAGGAAGUGUAAGUCUCAGCGCUUGGAAUGUCUGACCAACUGGAUCUGCGGAAUGCUCCAUGUCACCGUUCUUGUUGGGAAGGAAUUUGAGCUUAGCUGUCUGAGUUCAGACAUCCUGGAGAUUGGGCAGGAAGCUUUCCGGUUCACUUGGAGACUUGCUCGGGGUAUCAUCUCAACUGAUGAUGAGGUCUUCAAACCCUUCCGAGCCAACUCCUACUUUGUGAAGUUUAUAUCUGUUCAAGAGUAUGACUCUGGGACCUACCGGUGUGAUGUGCAGCUGUUAAAAGACUUGAGACUUGUCAAGAGGCUCUAUUUUGGGCUGAGGGUCCUUCCUCCUAACUUGGUGAACCUGAAUUUCCAUCAGUCCCUUACUGAGGAUCAGAAGCUAAUAGACGAGGGCUUGGAUGUUAAUCUGGACAACUAUUCCAGGCCUCACCACCCAAAGUGGGAAAAGAAGGUGGCAUUAGCCUUGGGAAUAGGAAUUGGCAGUGGAGUUGUUGGUGGUGUGUUGGUGAGCAUCGUCCUCUGCAGGGUGCUGAGGGAGACAGACCUACAGCAGUGA